AUGCAGGAGAAAAGUGCCAGUAAUGGUGGGGCGCAGUUCUCGGCGGCUGAGCUGAGGGAUUUGUUCAGGCUUGAUGAGGACAGGGCUUGUCAGACGCAUGAGUUGUUGGGUUGUCGGUGUGGUGGACGAGGUGUUCAGGCUGAUUCUGAGGCUUCUUCGUCUGGGGCUGUGACGCCUGCUACUGUUGAUGGUGGGGGUGGGUCUGAGGUUGAGGAUUUGUCGGAUCCACCUUCUGACCUUGAUGAUGGGGAUGACGAUUAUGAUUCGGAUGACUCGCUGCCGAAACCUCAUACUCUUGUUAAAGCUUCUGAGGUUGAUAUGGAGAAGCAAGAACAGUCUAUCCGUGACGGAACUUACCGUGCUAGGAUGGCUGGGAAGGGGAAGAAGGGCAACAAGAAAGAGGGGGAUUCUAGGACUCAAAAAGAUAAGAUGCACCAGUCUUUGGCUCAGUACUCGCACAUUGACCCAACUCUGCUUGCUACUGAGUCCGGUUCUAAUAACGCGGCUGGGGUUGGGGAUGAGGAGCUUGAAGCUGCCAUUGACGACGAUGUGCUGGUUUCUAUGCUGAAGGAUGAGUGUAACUUGGUUGGGUAUGUUUUUAAGAAGAGUAAUGGGGCAGAAAUGAGGAGUUAG